GGCUUCAAAUCUUCCAAAGGCAGCAUUGAAAAAUAUCAAACGUGAAACCUCUAAUGUAAAACGCGAAACUUCUACUGUAAAACGGGAAGCGUCUAAUCUAAAGCGUACAUCAUCAAAUGCAAAACGGGAAACAUCUAAUUUGAAGCGGGAAGGAUCGAAUUUAAAGCGAGAGCCAUCAAACCUGAAAAGAGAGCCUUCGAAUCUCAAGCGCGAUUCGUCAAUGAAACGAGAACCCUCAAAUCUUAAACGAGAGCCAUCAAAUCUCAAGAGAGAACCGUCAAACCUCAACCGGGAGUCAUCUAAUCUAAAGAGAGAACCAUCUAAUCUGAAACGUGAGCCUUCAAAUUUAAAACGUGAAGGCUCACGAAUAAGUUUAAAGAAGUCUUCAUCUAAUCCCAAAAUGGAUACAGGUACCAAGGCAGCUGUUGUGAAAAAACGGUCAGAUAGCAAUCUUAAUAAGAAGCUUGAAAAGAAGGGCAGCUUCCGCAUUGAAAAAGCGGCAGCUACUAUGGCUGAUGAGUCAGAUGCCUCAACGAUACCAGUGGAUUCCUUAAAGGAAGACGGCAGUGCCGACGAAGCCAAACCUGACAAGUUGAUUCCCCUAACUAAAGCCAACGUUAUUUCAAUGACCACAGCGGCUAUCACCGCGCAGCCUGUUCAGAUAACUACCUCGAUAACCAACCAGAUUCCACUGACCAAAAGCAACAGCAGCAACCAACUGUUGAGCAGCAGCGACUCGUCAGGACCCAAACAGGAUAUGAAAGAUAUGGACCCGGUGACGAUCUUGGAAAAGUCCCAGAAAACCCUUGAAACCAUACAGAAAACCGUAGCUGAAGCCACCGAAGAAAUCCAGAAGACCAUCAACGAAAAUCUGACGGAUCUAAAAACACUAGAAGGUGAUAUCGGACGAAUCUCAGAUGACUCCGCAGCACCCUUUGAAAAGUCUGAUAGUCUCACAACAAUCCUAGAAAAUCCUGCCUCUAAAACACCUACCGCUGAAGUAACCACCACGUCAAAAACCCCCGAUGGUGGUGAGGCUGUUGAUAAUUCAAAAUCACCGGCUCCACCAAGUCAUCCCAUUGAGGCUAACGUCUCGGUUCUAACCACAAAGAAAUCCUCGGAAAAUCUCCUGCAUCCCAAUACCAAUCACAAUAACAACAACAUGAAUAAUAGCAGCUCCACGAGCAGUACAACGAAUGGUACCCACGAGGAUACGGAGGAUAUGGCCGAACGGGUUAGUGAACGUGCUAUUUCAGUGUUGCCAGAAGUUGAAUGUGAAAGUGCAAAUUUGCAGAGUUAUGAGCUACACAACGAAGAGGACGUUCAGAAGAACAGCAGGAGCGACAAUAACAAUGACGAAGGACAUGUAAUUGCAACAAAUAUAGGAGCGGAUAGCAUGGCUAAGAGUCAGGCUGGCGGUAACGAGCAGAGGAGUGAAGGCGACAAAAAAGAUGGAACAGAUGGUUCUAAGCGUGACGACAGCCAAGAAUACCUGGACGAUGAAAAACCAAAAGGAUGUUGUGGCCGGUUCUGUUCCAAACUAUGCAUGCCAUGUCGCCGUUGUCAGUGUUGCUCCUGUUGCCGCAAGCAGAAAACUGGCUCAGCUAAAUCUGAUGAACGCAUCAUCGUGGAGGAAGUCAACGAAAAGCGAGGGUGUUUUGGACGCUGUUGUCGUAAGAAAAAAAAUGCCGGAACUGCUGAACCACAAAUGGGACAGAAGCGAAUGGCACCAAUACAGGAAGAACGGGAAUCUGAAACAUCUAAAACAGCAAAGAAACAGAACAAAUGUUGUCUUUGUUUGGGAAAAGUUUUCUGCUGCAGAAAGACCAAUAAAGUGGAAACUAUUACUGGAGAUGCCGAGGAAGUAAGACGCUGUUGUUUCUGCAUUCCGUGCGGAAAGAAGAAGAAACCAACGAAUGCAUGGCCUGAGAGGCGAGAAAGUAUUAUAAGUGAUCCACCUCCUCAGCCGGGAUGCUGUACGAGACUAUGCACAAAAAUAUUUUGUUGUUGUCGGAAACCUAAACCUGUCAGUGAGAGCCGACGAACCAGUAUGAACAGCAAAAAACAAAGUAUUGCACCUACUAUUCCCUUGGAGGACAGUCGACCAAAACUUCAUAACGACCUCGUGGAAUACAAUUCUAAAAUGAAGGGUGCCAUUCCUGUGAUGCCCCUGUGGUUAGCGUGGUUCUGCAUGAUCUGCAACUGCAUCAUACCAGGAUUUGGGACCAUUCUUUCUGGAUUCUUCUGCCUUUGCGUGGGUAUACCACGUUUCUCACAAUACGACAGUGCCAAGGCUCGAAUCGGUUCUCUGAUUAUCAAUUGCAUUGUGGGAAUAGCUCAGGCGUUUUGUGUACUCUUCUGUUUCGUCGGUUGGGGAUGGUCGAUCUGGUGGGGCUUGAUCAUGUUAAAGACUGCAAGAAAACUGCGGAAGAUCAGGCGAGUAGAAGAGCUGGAAAUGCAAGAGGAACAACGACAACAAGCCGCUGAAAAAGCACGGAUCGAAAGGGAUAUCGAGGCACAGAAGAAGGAGGAAAAGAAGUAAAGCAUGGAAGAUGUCCCCAUUUUUCAUCCUGUAUAGAAAGCCAAAAAGAGAACCAAGAGAAAUGUCUCUCUCUCUCUCUGAUUCCAUAUAAAAUACUAUUUCACUUGCGAAUUAUCGCAGUUUUAUGAGGUCCUAUCCGUGUCGGUAAAUUCCGUUUUAGAAGUGGGAGAUUUUUGAGAUUCAAAUUCAAAGAAUAAACUUUUUUAUGUAGAAAAUACAUGAUGUACAUAGAAUCUGUA